AUGAGUGAAUCGAGUAAAGAAUUGGUAGUGAUACAAUAUGAAAAGUCUGUGACGAAAAAAGCAAAACAGACAUCAUCAACAAAGUCGGAAAUUUCAAACGGAUUGCCUAAGAAGUCAGACGAGGGAAUAAUAAAGAAAAAGAAAGGAAUGACUCCGUUCAUGAUUUAUCGUCAAGAAAAGUUGAAGACUAGAAAACCAAAUAUGACGAUGACCGAAUUCAGCAAGGAGGUAUCAAUUAGUUGGAAUAAACUAUCGGAAAGAGAGAAAAUGAAAUACCAACGAAGAUAUCAAAUAAUUCGAGACCAAAAAUCGCAAAAAACAGUUGAAUUUGUUCCCGCUGCAACGGACCAUAAUCCUCCAACUGAUAUUGAUUAUAUUGAUGAUGGAUCAUGUAAUGAAGUUAUCGUUAUUAAUUGUGAAAAUUUUACUAAUAAUCUUCGUUGA